GUGUCAGAUGAAGCUCGGUCGUUGUCGUUCUUUUUCAUUUCAAUAUAGCAAUCGAGAAAAUAAAUUUACUUUACGCUUCGGUCAUUCGAGAUUUUCCCUUCUAUGCACUCGGUUGAUGGUCGUCGUAAUUUUUCAACACUCGCGAUGGAGAUGUCGGUUGGAAUCGUGUCUUUUUGGAAAAUGCUACGGCGAAUCGGUCGCAUAUGGAAGUUUUUCUGCGAAUGAUCGUCCUGGUCGAUCAUGAAAGUUGUUGCAUGACGCUGAUGAAUUUCCCGUGAUGACGAGCCAACCACUUCCACAGCUUUUAAAUCUCCACUAAAGUUCUUCCACCACCCCUGCAGAAGUGUAUUUGAAAUUUUAGAAUUUUCGACUCCGUAGCCGUAUUUUCGACCCCGUAGCCGUACAAAAUUUUCGAUUUCAGCAUUUGAACAUCUGUAUUGCGUUGCAACGCGCUGCCGCUGCCGUUGACAAGUUCUAGCUAUUUUCUUCUUCCGUACUUAGUAAUUCACCGUUAAGGUUAACCACCAACCGAGGCAGCAACAUGACUUGGGUACUGGACAGACUUCGUGACGCCGCGGGAACGGUGUGCUCCUGUGGCCAAGUAGUAGCUGCAGAUGAAAAUUCCGAACCCCUCGUUGUACCAUCGAGUUCGAGAUUGCCGCUCCUGGCGGAGGAGGACCAGGCGACCGCAGCGAUCGCAGAUUCUUUCAACGAUUUUGAUACACAUACACGAGAUCAUACCAUCGACGAAGCACGAAAAACCGUGGACCCGCACGGUGUACUAGGUCCGCCUGCCCGUCAAAACACACUUCCAGGAAUGGCUGUGCAGCUUCCUACUAAACCCUUCUCAUCUUCCGGAGGUGCAGCUGCGAGUGUACUUUCCCCUCGAGAAGUUGCAGGUCUUCUGGCGCAUGAAGAUUUGACAGCAUCCAAGACCUCUGAAGCUGUUCAUCGCGACCAAGAUUUACAAAGCACCACGGACGAGGAAAACUUCACUUCGCGGAUCGGUAAAUACAAGUGGUCCCCGGGCUACGCGGAGAGGCUGCAGCAAUGGCAGCUGGCACACCCGGAAGAUGUAGUUAGCAGCUCCUCUACAACAACUUCCGCCACUACUGCAGCCUCCAAUUUGUUUCCUACAGCACCAGCAGAGAGCGACACCGACAAUCUCCCGCCGCAGAAUCGAUCCAGGCAGCUGCGGAAACCCGGAGCGGGCAAGAAAUUUCCCCAGCAAAGCCGGUUCCCGAAGCCCGAGGGCGAAGCAUUCAAUGUGGACGACCUGGUUACCAUCGACGGGAAAUCCCCACCCCGACCCGACCCCCGGGACAAGCUGCGGGCGCUGCAGAAGAAACCGCUGCCCAUGCCGGUGUACCACAAGAAACACGCAAAUGCCAAUGUGAAAAUCAGCAUGGCCGAAGUGGAAAAGCACAAAACGCGGAAGGAUUUGUGGAUGGUGCUGGGGAUAUCAAGUGCAAAAAUGUCUGGGUCUGGAAGAUUGCGAGAUUUGUCAUGCUAGUCUAAACUCUCGGAUAAGAGUUCAUCGAUGAAGGAUUCCGUUUGGAUUUUUUUGGAUUUUUGUCGCACAAAGAGGAGCAGCAACAUGUAGCCCCGAGCGCUUUAGAGGCGCUUGCCCACCGGGAGUAGUAUUGCUGCAGCUGUAGCAAAGGCGUGGCAGCUGAUCUAGCGACACAACCUGCGCUACUGGGGCCCCGACCUCCGGGGCCUGCGGGGCAUCAGGCUCAGGCGCAGUGGGCUCAGCCGAAGUCUACAAUGCGCCAAGGCCGCGCGCAGCAGCUUUAAUUCUAAGCCGCUACCCCAACCCCGGCGUCCUCAUUCGGGUUGGGGUGUGCGUGCGCUUUGUUAAGUCGUAACCAACAAAAAUGGCCAAAGACCUAUCACGGCGCCCCGAACCACCGACGAAAAAGCCCCGGAACAGGCGCAGGUCAUCCUUGCCACUAUUAUUCUAUCUGAUUGAAGAUCGUACGACCCCGAUGAGACAAGCUCACCGGCUUGUUUGCAGAGCAUUAUGUUGCGCGCCCCGAUGGUUGACCCCCUAUCUUCGGGCGCCGUGGAUUUUCAAAAGAGCAGACGAUCGGAGGGGGCUGACCCACCACCCUUCCUCCUUCCGGAUUUCCGUGGAUUUUUUUUGGCUGCCUCAAAAAAUAAAAGGAUAACUUCUUUCCCGCGUGCUAUGGUCGAGUCAGAGAAAACAUCCUUUUAUUUUUUCCCAAAAUCCAAAUAUUUGCGGAAAAAUCCUGGAAAAUCCGCAUGAAAUCCCUGUGCAGGUGGAGCCGCACAGGGGUGGGGUCGGGGGGGGGGUAGUUGAAUGCCCCUCCACAGGUGCUCGACCCCCCAUCAAGGUAUUGAAAGGCCCGCCGGCCAUCACAGGGCCGCGGGCGGGGCCGCGUCGUGGAAUAGGUUGCGUUCCUUGAUCUUUGUGGGUUGGGUUUCGUUCCCGUUGGCCGCAGCUUUGCAGCUGAGGACAGCGGGGCCUAUUGCUUCCGCGCCGCCCUCGCGUGUUUGCUUCGGGCCCCCGGCGAGUUUGGUGCCGCGCCGAAACGAUCGGGACCGGCCAAGCAGGAGGCGAGUGUUUGCGCACCAUAACCAGGCCAAACGCCCCCCGAACGCUUCGCGCCCCUCUUCGGCCUUCAUGAAGCGGCGCGAUUGCCAUCGGGAGGGUCUUUAAAUGCCACCCCAAGCCGAACAAUUCUAGAAAUAGCGCAAGCCAUGCAAGGCCCACAGAGCCCAAACGCUCGCCCCAGACACACGCUCUGCCAUCGUAUUUACGCGCGCGAAAAAUCCACGAAAAUCCAAACGCGUUAUUUCAUCGAGCGAAUUCCAGUCCAAAUAACUCUGUGUUGCAUGGCCGCGAAGAGCUCCGCCUCCCUGUUAUGCAAAAACGCAGUUUGUCAUGCGGAAUACGCAACUCAGAACCAUGAAAAAAACUUGUCAUGCUUGGCAGCGCAUCAUUGUGAGUUCACUAUUCUCUUUCUUGCAUCACAAGUUUCCAGACCCAGACAUAUUUGCAAUGCAUAGGGGAAUUGCGUGUACGACUGCACGGCCUACAUGAACAAGCAUCCCGGCGGGAAAGGCACCGUCCUGCAGGCCGCCGGACAGGACGGGACGGAGUUGUUUAUGAAGGCCCACCCCUGGGUCAGCUACCACAUCAUCCUCGACAACGUGUUUCUAGGGCGGUUGGACGGAACUAGUGGUCCUGCUGGAGGCAGCAAGUCUUUAGCCGUUCCGGCCGGCAGCAGCGGCGGCGCUACUGCAGCCUCGGUUCCUCCUGCUACCGGUCCGAGAAAAUGAGGAGCGUCGUCGUGUGCACGGCCGCUGCCAAACGAAAACUUGAAGAUCGUUUUUUCGGUUUCAGUUUUAGCAAACACAAAACUGCCUUUUUUGAUCAUUUUUCCCCAUUCCCAUUUAUCCCCAUCCUCGAUGACGUAUGCACAAUUUCAGGAGUCUGUCCUCGAUAGACGCAGAACAGGACGAAUAAAUAUUCAGCUUAAAAAUGAGAGGUAGCAUAGCUCCUUUUCCAAAAUCAGAUCGACCUCCAGCGCACAAUCAUAACGUGAGCCCCCCAGGCUGUCUGCUAGUCGCAUUUACUUCGAAGACAAAAGGAAUCAAUCUCAAUGUACGCGUCCGAUGGACGACACGACAGAGACGAAAAUAAUAAUAAAUCAGUACCUGCAAGUGCGGUGAUCGUUUAGUGGCACUCGACGGGCUAUUCGAGUCGUGAUUUUUUCUCGGAGGACUAAGA